CUGAUUCAAGACAACAUAGUUCUGUCCAGGACUCUACACUGGGGAUAAGGACAUGGGAGUCCUCCUGCCAGAUUCCAGAUGGUUCAUUACAACUGACAUCUUGGUUGACAACUGUGAAAAGGAACUUUGGAUUAUUUUAUUUUAUUUUUGUGGGAGACCACAAUCCCCAAACUGUAGGACAUAUCAGGUUCCGUAUUUCUUAUAGAAUUUUAAAAUAACCUUUUCUAAUGAGGAUGUCUGAUAUUCUUACUGUAAAAGAUGAAACUGAUGCAAUGAAGGGUUCAGAAGCUGAAUUUAAAGAUACAGACCCAGUUGAAAACCUUAUAAAAUCAGGAAGUCAGGAGCAGAUUCAGGCGGAAAAGGAUGAAAAUUGUCCUGAUAGCAAAAACAAUAUGCCGCGGCCAGUGCAGUCUUUUGGACAGACAGCAAAAAGGUCGAAGUCAAACACAAAGUUAAAGUUAGUUCGGAGCCUUGCUGUAUGUGAAGAAUAUCCACCACCUCCCACAGCUGAAAUAUCACAGGACCUCCAGGAGAAAAUUCAGAUCCAGUUGUCACGGUCUUUUGAAAAAGAAGAAAAGCCUGCAAAAGAUGAAACGGAAAAGGAAAAAUCCAGUGAUAAACUGUCCAGAAAAAUGUUAUCAAGAGAUUCCAGCCAAGAAUACACAGAUUCCACUGGUAUAGAUCUUCACGAAUUUUUAGUAAAUACAUUAAAAAACAAUCCCAGGGACAGAAUGACGCUGCUGAAAUUAGAACAGGAAAUUUUAGAUUUCAUUGGUAAUAAUGAAGCUCCAAGAAAAAAGUUUCCCCCAAUGACAUCUUACCAUAGAAUGCUGUUGCACAGGGUAGCUGCUUACUUUGGAUUAGAGCACAACGUGGACCAGAGUGGGAAGGCAGUCAUAGUAAAUAAAACUAGCAAUACAAGAAUACCUGACCAAAAGUUUUGUGAGCAUAUAAAGGAUGAGAAGAGUGAUGAUUUCCAGAAGCGGUAUAUCCUUAAAAGAGAUAACUCUAGUUUAGACAAAGAUGACAACCAGAUGAGAAUACGAUUAAAAGAUGACAGAAGAAGCAAAUCCAUAGAAGAACGUGAAGAAGAAUAUCAGAGAGCUAGAGAAAGAAUAUUUGCACAAGAUUCCCUGUGUUCCCAAGAGAAUUAUUUCACUGAUAAAAGAAUCCAGGAGGAAGAAACUAAUAGUACACAACAAAGACGACAGAUACUUAGAAUCAAUAAGGAAACAUCAGGGAGAUCAGCCAACAGCCAUCAGAGCAGUACUGAGAAUGAGCUGAAGUAUUGUGAACCCCGUCCCUGGAGCAGCACCGACUCUGAUAGCUCCAUCCGCAAUCUGAAGCCAGCUGUAACGAAAGCCAGCAGCUUCAGUGGGAUAUCAGUUCUGACAAGAGGAGAUAGCUCUGGAAGCAGCAAAAGCACAGGCAGGCUGUCUAAGACAGGUUCAGAGUCUUCUAGUAGUGUAGGGUCAUCCACGGGUUCUCUUUCUCACACCCAGCAGCCUCUUCCAGUGCCAGCUCUAAGCCAGCCUUCUCAUGGCACGCCUGCCGUCUAUCCAACUGUCAGCACUAGUAACUCUCUUUCCUUUGAUGGUGGCAUAAGCGGGCAAGCGGCACCUACUAGCACUAGCUUCUUUUUGCUUCCCUUGGAAGCGGCAGGCAUACCGCCUGGCAGUAUUCUGAUCAACCCGCAAACAGGUCAGCCAUUCCUCAACCCCGAUGGCACUCCAGUUGUGUACAAUCCUCCUAUGCCUCAGCAACCUGUUAGGACCCAAGUGCCUGGACCUCCGCAACAGCCACCUCUUCCCGCACCACCUCAGCAACAGCCAGCAGCUAAUCACAUCCUCUCACAGCAAGACAACCUAGGAUCACAAUUUAGCCAUAUGAGCCUUGCCCGCCAGCCACCUGCUGAUGCAGCUGAACCUCAUACUGCUAUGUUCCAGUCCACCGUAGUCCUCCAGCCCCCGCAGCAGUCUGGCUAUAUCAUCGCAGCUGCUCCACCUCCACCACCCUCUGGCCAACCAGUUUCUGCUCCAGGCUACUCGACAUCUAGCCACCCUGUCAACCAGCAAGUACUGCAGCAGCAGGGAUAUAUGCAGCAACCUGUGGCACAGAUGCCAGCUUGUUACUGUACCCCCAAUCAGUAUCCGCACUCCAGUCAACAGUACCGACCCGUGUCUGUCCAUUACAACACACAGCAAAACCAACCAUUGGCACAGCCUGGACAGCAGACAGGUUACCAGGUUUUGCCUAACCAGCAGCAAAACUACCAGGGUUUAGUUGGAGUUCAGCAGUCUCAGAAUCAAAAUCUAGUCAGUGGCCAACACAACAACGUUGGGAAUCAAAUUCAAGGUGUGAUUGUUCCAUACCCUUCAGUGCCAUCUUAUCAGGUUUCAGUGCCUCAAGGUUCGCAAGCAGUGCCCCAGCAGACAUAUCAACAGCCUGUUAUAAUUAAUAAUUUAAGUUCAUCAGUAGGAUAUUUGCAGCAUCCUGGAUCAGAGCAGAUACAGUUUCCUAGAACAUCAUCACCGUGCAACUCACAGCAGCUUCAAGGACAGCAGUGUGCAGCACCACCACCAGGUGGAGGAGUAGUAAUGAUGCAGCUAAAUAUACCUAACAAUCCUCAGCCUCGGAAUCAUUCACCUCCACAGUGGAAACAAAAUAAAUAUUACUGUGAUCAUCAAAGGGGGCAGAAGUCCACAGAACUUAGCACUUUAGACAGUGCUGCACAGCAUAGUCCUCAACUAGGUAGUCCUGUCACCUCACCGGCCCAAUCACCAGCACCAGCUCAGCUAUCAAACAUGAAGAACAUCCGUCCCACAUUAACACCUCUUUCUAUUGUGUCCCAGUUUUCCAGACCUUUUGUUCCUGGACAAGGAGAUGCCAGAUACCCAUUGCUUGGCCAACCCCUGCAAUACAAUCCACCAUCUUUAUUACGUGGACAAGUAACAAGCCAACAGUGUCAGCCUGGAAACAGACAUGGAAACAGGGGAAAGAAACCAGCAAAGAAGGCUGCUUCAGCAGAUCUUGGUGCAGGAGAACCAGUUGUGGGAAAAGUUCUAGAAAUUACUGAACUGCCAGAAGGCAUAACUCGUAUGGAAGCAGAAAAACUAUUUGGAGAACUUUUAAAAGUUGGUGCCAAGAUUCGGUGGCUAAGGGAUUCGCAGUGUCUACAAACACAGCAGCAGCAGCAGCAUCGUCGUUACUGUGGCAGUGGAGACAGUAGUGUGAACACUGAGCCAUCCAAACCUAGUGACUUGGCUUCCACUUACACGGUUCUAGCUACGUUCCCUACAAUGUCAGCUGCUCAGAAUGCGUUGAAGAAACAAAGUAGUACCUCAGUGAACAAGUUCAGGCUGAGAACAAGCAAGAAGCACUAUGACUUUCAUGUUCUGGAAAGGGCUAGUUCUCAGUAGCAGUUACAUCAGUGGACACUCAGCCUUUACUACUUCCAUGUCCUCCUCUCCUUGAUUGGCUUGAUGUUAUGGGGUUUCUGUUCUCUUCAUAGAGACUCCUGGGAUGUUUUGUCAUAUGACAUUAGCCAUUGAAGAAUAAAUAACCCAGUGAUCCAGCAAGAUGAAGAAAAAAAACUACAGAAUUAAUCCCAGACAAAAGCAAGGAAUCAUCUUUGAGACAGGCAGCUUUCUACACGGAAUGCUGUUUAAAUGCCCCCUACUUUUAUAGUAGUUUUGUUUUAUAUUUUUUGAAUUCUUGUAUCAGAUCCAAAGUUCUAUUGUACAGCAAACGUUCAUAAAAAUCCAUAUUAGAUUUGUAUUUUAUAAUCCCUUUUCACUGCCAGCACACAGCUGUCCAUUCCAAGGCAGGAACCUAAGGAUUGGUGGAGGGGAAAAGAGAACCAUUUUCAAGGAAUUACACUCAUUUUCUAGCAAACUAACCCAAAUCUUCAAGUUAACCUGUUCUUUGUCCCUUGUGUGUUUUUCUUUUUUUUUUUUUUUUAAGAAAGAAAAAACCAAUAUAAUUUUAGUAACUAAUUCCUUAGAUGGUCAUUUUCUUUUGAGAUUCAUUCAAGCAAAGUCAAAAGAAAUUACAAGUAGGUUGUACCCUUGAAGGAUUUGCUUCUGAUCCAACAAGCUUAAUAAUUAUUUAAAGGGGAAUACGAAUAGGUUACAAAGAAUGUUCACAGAAUCACAUUUUAAUAUUUCUUCUUUUUAGCAAAAGUGUGAAGAAACUAAAAUGUAUCUUCACAAGUGACAAAAUGUUUGCACUUUAAUUGUGUUCCCACCAGUAUGGAUCUCUUUCUCUUCCUUUUCACGCUAAGAUAAUUGUGUUUGAUAAGUGCUGGAAACCUUUUUAAUGGUUUAAGUUUUCAUCGUUUGCAGAUGCUCACUGGACAUUAAAGAUUCAUUGCACAUAAAUGAAACAAACUUUUUUCAAUUUGUGUAAUUUGCAAGGCUGUACAAUGUGUGCUGAUGCAAGCCUUUUUCAGUUCAAGAAAAUAAAUGUUUACAAACACAAA